GUCUAUAACAACAACGUAGCGGCAAGGAACUGCAGCAAUUACAUUGUGGAUAAUGGAUUGAAAUCUUGGCAGAGAAACGACUCCACUGAAAUCUUGGAGAUGCAGCUCUGAAUGCCCCUGUUUGUUAGAAUUUAUGGCUUUGUGGUUGUUCCAUGGCACUCAAAAGCAGCUUGAUUAGAUGGUCAGAGGAUUUGAAGAUAUUUACCAGCCAAAUGCAUGUUGGUGAAUUCUGCCACUGCAUAUGCGUGCAAUGAGCCAACGCUAUGACGUUCGCAGAUACGACGGACCUCGCCGACCGGGGCAGGGACCGUCUUUCGCUGCGCCCGGUUAUUCAUUGGCCUUAUCGCCUGUUGCUGGCUCGGUAGACUCUUCACAAAGCACCCGCCAUGUCUUUGCUCCAGAUUCGAGCCCAUUUCAAGGAUCGCCGCUCGUGGAGACCAGAUUCGCAACACUAUGUUUGGAUGCCUUCUUCGAGUACAAAUAUCCAAUCAACCCGAUCCUAAAUCGCCAACACAUAGAGGCCGCGUUGCUAGAUUUAGGUUCGGACCCGGAGACCUAUGGAAUGAUAGUCGCUUGCUGCGCCGUCAUGGUACAGUCGCCGGGGCUCCUUGCUCCCUUGUCAACAUCAACGCCAUCGGCAUUUCUGCCAUCGCCGUCACCGUAUGCUCUAACGCAUGAAACACCAAGUGCGUCUUUUCUUAUAGAAGAAACUAUCAGGGCCAGGUGCUCGUGCAACUACAUUGAAGCACCUUCGCUGAUUACGGUCCAAACAUCCUUCUUCCUUUUCUCGGCCUUGUUCUGCCUCGGAAAAGACAACUCAGCUUGGUUUUAUCUUCGUGAGGCCAUCACUUUCCUUCAGCUUCUUGACCUACAUGAAGAGGAUACCUUUGCAUCGUCGCUCCAGAAUGAUCCUAUCCUAUCCACCUAUUCGCGUCGGAUGUUCUGGGUGUUAUUCAUUACAGAACGUGCAUAUGCUAUUCAACGGCACAGAGCACCAACACUAGAAAAAACCAUCGCACUACCCUACGAAGGAACUGAGGUCGAGAAAGAAAUUCUCCCUGGAUUCUUCGCCUUAAUUGCUUUGUUUGAGCCCUUCGACAACGACUUUUUUGCUCUGUGGAAUCAUUCCGUAGUGUUACCGACGUUGCCCGCUGAGCUAUUGGUCAGAAUGCAGAGAAUUCUCAUGUAUACCUUGCCCACCACAUCCGGUUGCACGGACAGCCAGUUGGCGGACUUGCUCAUUUCACGGGAGUGGCUGAAGAUUAUGAUAUGGCAAUUGUGCGUGUCAAACACAAUGCUUUCGAGCUUGAGCAAUGAGGAGAGCAUGUCCUUCCGGUAUCCAAUCACCAUCGCCCGCGAAGUCAUUCUCGUAUCGAAGCUUGUGCCACUAAAGGCGUUGGAGGCAAACGGAGUGGGCAUUUUGGAAAAGGUCUUCGACAUUGGUUGUUCUCUGGCCGAUGUGUUAUCUCUCAAGCCGAUCUUCUCAGAGCCGUCAAUGCUGGAGGUUGGGCCAAGAAAUUACUUAUCUGAGAUCAUUCGUAUCGUGGGCACGACACUCGGAGGCAGCGACAAGCAUUUGCAAAUAUUAUUGCGUAAAGCCUCUGAAUGUUUGCCGACAGUUGUUGAUAGGCCGUUGUCUGCCACGGAAGACAAUUCUAGUGAGCGAUACCAAGUUUAUGAGCUUGAAGAUAAUGCAGACGAUUAG